CUUCCUGUAGUUACCACAGCCACCUACCGCCCCUCCACAACGGGGGAAAGAAACACCAAGGAAGGAGAAACAGAGGAUUCAAAAGGCGGCGUGCUCCGCAGGCCGCAGACUGCAGAGUGUAUAUAUACGGCGCGAGGGCGAGGCUCUCCCCCCUAUCCCUCUCGCGUCUCGCUCUCCCCCGGCCCGUCAGCCCGUGUGUUCUUCUUCUUCUCUCACUGCUGCCGAGGAGGUUUUGAAUCCAGGGGAAGGAGAGAUGGCGGCGGAGAGGAUCAAGGACGUGGGCAUCCUCGCCAUGGAUAUCUACUUUCCUCCCAACUGCGUCCUCCAGGAAGAACUAGAAACCCAUGAUGGUGUGAGCAAAGGAAAGUAUACCAUUGGGCUUGGCCAGGAUAGCAUGGCCUUUUGUACUGAAGUGGAGGAUGUCAUUUCAAUGAGCUUGACAGCGGUGAAGUCCCUGCUGGAAAAUUAUAAGAUCGAUCCAAAGACCAUUGGACGUUUGGAAGUUGGCAGCGAAACAGUAAUAGACAAGAGCAAGUCUAUUAAGACAUGGUUGAUGCAAAUAUUUGAGGAAUGUGGUAAUACUGAUAUUGAAGGAGUCGACUCCUCGAAUGCUUGCUAUGGGGGAACAGCUGCUUUACUUAAUUGUGUUAAUUGGGUCGAGAGCAACUCAUGGGAUGGGCGUUAUGGACUUGUUGUUUGCACAGACAGCGCGGUUUAUGCUGAAGGACCGGCUCGUCCUACUGGCGGUGCAGCUGCUAUUGCAAUGUUGAUUGGACCAAAUGCUCCUAUUUCUUUCGAAAGCAAAUAUAGAGGAUCUCAUAUGGCACAUGUUUAUGACUUCUACAAGCCUGAUCUUGCAAGUGAAUAUCCGGUGGUUGAUGGGAAGCUAUCGCAGACAUGCUAUCUCAUGGCAUUGGAUUCCUGUUACAAUACCUUCUGCAAAAAGUAUGAAAAGCUCGAGGGAAAACAAUUUUCAAUUGUUGAUGCAGAUUCUUUCGUAUUCCAUUCUCCAUACAAUAAGCUUGUACAGAAAAGCUUUGCUCGUUUGUACUACAAUGACUUCUUGAGAAACUGCAGCAUUGUUGACAAAGACUCAAGAGAAAAAUUGGAGCCAUAUUCGGGCUUGUCAUCUGAGGAAAGCUAUCAGAGUCGAGACCUUGAGAAGGUUUGUCAGCAAGUUGCGAAGCACCUGUAUGAUACUAAGGUUCAACCAACAACAUUGAUCCCAAAACAACUCGGGAAUAUGUAUACGGCAUCACUCUAUGCUGCUUUUGCAUCAGUCCUCCAUAAUAAACAUGACACACUGGCUGGACAGAGGAUUGUCAUGUUCUCCUAUGGCAGUGGCUUGACGUCGACAAUGUUCUCCUUCAAAAUUAAUAAAGGCCAGCACCCGUUCAGCCUGUCAAACAUUUCAAACGUACUGGACAUUUCCAAUAAAUUGGAGUCUAGGCAUGUGGUUCCGCCAAAGAAAUUUGUCGAGGCGCUGAAGCUGAUGGAGCACCGCUACGGGGCGAAAGAUUUUGUCACCAGCCAGGACAUAAGCCUGCUCGUUCCGGGAACCUACUACCUCACCCAUGUGGACUCCAUGUACAGAAGGUACUAUGCCGUGAAAGGCGACGCUGUCCCGGCGCUGGGCAACGCGGCCCUCUCCGGGGAGCGCCACCAAGAGGCCGCCUGGGACGCGCUCUUCCCCUCGGCGCUGCGGGAGUUCGCGAAGGUCAAGGACGCGGGGGUCCUGGACCCGCUGUGCAUGGUGCUCGACACCUGCUGCUCCGGCUAUGGCGGCCGCAGGAGGCUCGAGGAGCUGUGCCAUGAGGACUUGGGGAUGCCUAUACUUGUCGAGAUUGUCACUUCUGCCUCACAAUUGGUGCUCAAGGAAGAAUGGUUGGAAUGGCUUCUCUUCAAAAUCUGUGCUGAAGAGGAGAAGUUUGAAAUCUUGUUUGCAGCUUUAUGUUCAACUGACCAUGCUGUGCACAGUGAUGGUGGUGAAUCUGGAAAUGAGUUUAAUGCUAAGCAUGCGUUUCUCCUGGGUACAUUGUCAAAAUGUUUGACCAGCCGGCCUGAAGAAGUUAAUGUCUCGAACAGUUUUGCUCUCCUAGUUUUUGAUGUACAUAAGCAAUCUGCUGAGACUGUAGAUUUUACUUGCCGAGGUAGCUCUGCUCUUCCAACUGGUUGCCCUGGAAUUGAUGUCCUUGGAUACUCAUUGCUGCUCUUGAAGGACAUAUGUGCUUGGGAAUUCCCUUCAUCAGAGACUGAAGCUCCUGUUGACUCACUGUUGCAGAAUGGUCUUGUAAAGUGUCUGUUAAGAUAUCUAGGUGCGCUCGAGCCCCCAAGUACAAUAAGAAAAGCGAUGGAAAGGGCACAAGAAGAUCAUCUACCAGCUCUUGCAACUGAAAAGGUCUGCCCAUACAAUGGUUACAGGAGGGAUUUAGUCGCUGUCAUCGCUAAUUGCUUGCAUGGAAGGAAGCAAGUGCAGGAUGAGGUUAGGCAGCUAAACGGGAUUAUGCUACUGUUGCAACAGUGUGUCAUUGAUGAAGGAAAUCCAUACUUGAGGGAGUGGGGUCUGCUAGCUGUGAAGAAUUUGCUUGAAGGAAAUGAAGAAAAUCAGAGGGAGGUUUCUGAACUUCAGAUGCAAGAACCUAUUUUAACUCCAGAGAUUGCAGAUAUAGGUCUAAGAGUGGAGAUCGACAAGAAAACGGGAAAUCCAAAACUGGUCAAUUCCUCCUGAUGUAAGCUCUAUGUCGGAUCAGAGUAGUUAUUAUCUUGUGAUUGGCUAUGUCUGAACUUACUAUCUGGAUACAUGUUCAAGGUUGCACACGAAGAAGUUUUUUGUUUCACUUUGGCACUGCCCUGCUCGACUGCUCGUGACAAAAAACCAGCGGAAGCUCUCAUUUGUCAAGGUUCCUCCAGACAUCGAAGGAAGAAAAGGUUCAUCUAGACAUCCAAGGAAGAAGUGUGAAUGUUGGUGCUGCUUCUGCUCCAGGAAAAAUAGGGGUUAUAUUUCUAUUGUUAAGAAAGUCUGCCAUUUUUAAACUUUUGUGUUGGGCCAUGACCACCAGAUUCAUAAAAAUUACGUAGAUAUCAAAUGUUACCGAUUUGACUGCAGCAGAACAGUGCUGUCGGAAUGCGCAAGAUAUGUUUGCCAUUUCGCAUUUAGUUACUAAACCAUAACUAUGUCGUUCUGUGCAUGUGUGGACGCCUGACGGUCACUGACUGUUCUGCUCUGUUCU